GGCGGGGUAUUGAUUAAUUAACAAAAACUUUGUGGGGUGGAUAAUGAUGGGAAAAUAGCGGCUACCUGCGGCUAACUGACCGCCAUUUGGCGCUCAAAAUCGGGAUUUAGACAACUUCGUGAAUGUGACUUCCCCGCAAUUGUUGAAAAAAUGUGGGGAAUGAGCGCCUCCCUUUCUAUCUCAUAAAAGUUAUAAAAGUAGUUACCUUGGAGCACACUAUUCAUACACAAAAACAAAGUAUCAACGCAAACCAAUCCAAUGGGUCUUCGUCGUUCCCUGUUUACUGCGGUCUUCGCAUGCGUUGGCUCCUUCCUGUUUGGUUAUGACAGUGGUGUUAUCACAAAUGUCAUCGCACAGGGACAUUUUGUUGAACGCUUCAGCUCACCUUCCUCUGCUGAGCAAGGAGGCAUCGUUUCUUCAUAUACUGGUGGUGCUGUCAUUGGAAGUCUUCUUCUCUACUACAUGGGCGAUCGUCUCGGACGUACCAAAUCGAUCUUCGUUGGUGCUGUCAUUGUCACUUUUGGAUGUGCCUUGCAAGCUGGUUGCACCAGCAUUGGUAUGCUGAUUGCUGGUCGUCUCAUUGCUGGUAUUGCCAUUGGUAUUCUCUCUACUGCUAACCCGGUUUAUUGCUCUGAGGUUGCUCCUCCCGCCUGGCGUGGUGCUAUGACUGGUUUACAACAAUGGAUGCUUAGCUGGGGCUACUUCGCUGCCCAAUGGAUCGGUUAUGGAAGCAGCUUCGCUGAUUCGGAUUUCCAAUGGCGUUUCCCACUUGCAUUUCAGUGCAUUCCUGCUGUCAUCUUAGCUGUUGGUAUUCUAUUUCAGCUGGAAUCUCCAAGAUGGCUUUGUGAGAAGGACCGAAAUGAAGAAGCAAAAGAAGUACUCCACAAGUUGCAUUACAACGGUAGCAAUCAAGAAUUCCUCGAUCUGGAAUAUAGGGAAAUCUGUGAAGCGAUUGAGCUGGACCGCAAGCUAGCUGUGAAAUCGUGGUCCGGUUUGUUUGCAAAGAAAUCCUGGCGCAGGCGUCUGGCCCUUGCUUGUGGCAUUCAACUGGCUACACAAACAUCAGGCAUCAACGUGAUCAAUUAUUAUGGCCCAAAAAUCUAUUCUGCCUUACAAAUUGACACUCAAACAUCACUCAUGAUUAUUGGUAUUUCUGGUGCUCUCUCUGUAGUUUGGUGUACUGUUGGCCUAUGGCUCUUGGAAGGCAUUGGCCGUAUUAAGCCCCUGGUAGUCAGUUGCUAUGGUAUGGCGGCUUGUCUCUUAAUCAAUGCUGUACUCAGUCAAACAAUUGAUCCUAGCACCACUACUAAUCACAAUGCGCUUCGUGCAAGUGUUGCCAUGAACUUCCUUAUAUCCUUCUUCUUCACUCCACUUGGUAUCAAUUCAUGGGUAUACCCAGCUGAAAUCUUCCCCACUGAAAUUCGUCAAAGAGGCAACUCCCUUUCCACUGUUACAAAUUGGGUAUUCAACGUCGUAUUCGCUCAAGUGUCUCCCAUUGCUCUAGAAGCAGUUGGCUAUCGUUACUUCUAUGCCUUUAUGGUUUUCAAUCUAAUCGCUGGCACCUGUUUCCUAUUCCUGUUUCCUGAAACCAAAGGAAAGACGUUGGAACAAAUUGGCGAGCUUUUUGGCGAUCAAUCCGUACAUCUUAUUGAUGACAAUACCAAGUAUACCGAAGGAUCUGAAGAGAAAGCUGUUGGAGGAGUGGAUGAGAAGUCCACCAAUUAAUAUCGAAACCUUUUAACGUAAUCAAUAGUUAUAGCGUAUUUACCUGAAUAUUUUUCUGAG